AAUGCAGUCAAAUUUUUAGAUUUCAAGCUCAAUUUAUAUCUUAUUGUUUUUCUGUUUCCCCAUCCGAACCCCAUUUCAAAGCUUUUCCCGUCCUCAAACUCUACAGCUAUCAGCCUCUUUCAUGUAAACACUGACUCCUCCUUCACCCUAACUUAAUGUCAUUAACAGGUGGCGGUAAAUAGACCCGCUCACCCACAACCAGACGUGUUUUUAACCAUGAAAGCAGACCACCCUGCAGCACCUCUCCUCAUUGACUUAAAAUAUCAAACAUGCAGCAUGCACAGCCUGCUGCUACUGCUGUGAAAGAAAACUCUGGGGGGCGGGCAGACGACACACACACAGUCCAACAGACAUAUUAAAUCAGCAACGGCGUCAACCAACCAGUCUGCAGAACCUCCACCCCCCUUUACACCCACUUUCCAUAACUCUUAGCCUCCCGCCCCUUUUCGCUCUCACUGAUUCUCCCAUCAUCACUCUGUCCCUCUCUUUAAGUUUCAGCCGUCUCUUUCUCCUGAAGUGAGCAGCACGCAGCCAACAGCAGAGCGCAGCUGAGCACACGGCAGCUGUGUCUCUCAACUUUGAACAUUUCCAGAACAGAUCUCCGUGCAACAGCUCAUCAUCCAUCGUCUGAACGCUGCUUCUGGAUUUUUUUCCCUCCUCUGAUCACCGCUCAACCUGACCCAAUACUUUGGACAGGAUGUGGUCCAACUUCUUCGUGCAGCAGGACGAUGAUCGUAUUGGGGUGGCGGGAGCCGGACAGGCUGGAGGCCUGGGAGGCAUGAAAGGUUUCAGAGGCCAAAGACGGACCAAUAAGAUGAGCGACAGCCAGGAGGGCAAAAUCAAGCUGGCCUUCUUCGUGUCGAUCGUUGGGGUGACUCUGACGGUGUUGGGCAUGGGGACGGAGUUUUGGGUGGAGCUAGCUCAGCCCAAGUAUUUCAUCGGCAACCAGACCUGCCAGAUGGCUCAUUAUGGCCUGUGGAAGGGCUGCAUCCGUACCCUGUGGGUGUCUGACAUAGACCCAGAGAGGACAAGCUGCGGCCCGGCUGACCUACCUGGAGAAUCCAACUGCACCUACUUCAAAUUCUUCACCUCUGGGGAGAAUGCAGUCAUUUUUAAGAAGACGACUAACAGAAAUCUAAAUCUAGCUGCAGCUAUUUUGGCACUUUUGAGUCUGACCAUGAUGGUGAUGGGCUCCAUCUGCAUUGUUAUGUCUCUCAGCAAAGGAGUUGCCUUCUUCCUCAAACCAGCUUCCUUUUGUUUUAUUUUAUCAGGGGUUCUGGUCCUCCUGUCAGUCCUCGUUUUCCACCAGUCUGUGCUGGCGUUGCUGUCCAGUGACCACUCAAUACCGCUGCACCACGAGCUGUCCUGGUCCGUGGCUUGUGUGGGCUCGGCAGGAGCCAUCCUCAUUUUUGGAGGCUUCCUCUUCAUCCUCCUCUCCCUUCCUUUUAGUCCGUGGCAGAAGUGCUGGCCACACAAGAAUAGCACCACUUAGUCUUUUAAUGCAACAUGUGCAGAUAAUAUUCCUAAUGUUCAAGAGCAAGCAAAAUAUAACAUACAAAGUAUGACAUCAUUGAGGUUGGGCUUGCUCUCGGCACGUAAGUUGCCAGAUAAGUCAUACUAGGUCUUAAUUAAAUUUAGGAAGAUAAAUGAGAAAGAAAUACAGAGUGGAGGAAGAACAGUAGGGGUAGAUUUUGCCGUAAUAUAAAUAUAUAUAUUUUUUAAUUUUCAUGGCACUGUUUAACAAUGGA